AAAAAAAAAAAAAAAAAAAGCCAAACACACUAAUUUACAUAAAUAGGUAUAAACCGCCUAUAUUUGAUCCUGAUGGAGAAAACAUCAUGUGCUUUGAAAAUACUGUCUUAUUUCUUGUUUCUAGUUACCAAUACAUGCUAAUUGCAGUUGUCUUUAGUGUUGGACCACCUUAUCGUAAGCCACUUUGGACAAAUGGACGAUUAGUACUGACACUUGCCUGUUUAAUUGGUUUAACAUCUUGGUUUGUGUUAGCACCACCUCAAAUUGCCAUGCGUUUUAUGGAACUUGUUCAAUUGCCACUCUCCUUCAGAUGGUUUAUUUUAUUGUUAUCUGCAAUCAAUUUAACGGUCAGUUUACUUUGUGAGAAGUACCUCUUUGGCCAACUCCUGGAGGUAUUUAAUAAAUGGAGAUCAACCAAAUCAGGAUAUACAAUCGUUGGUAGUAAGUUGCAGCAGCGGCAGCAACAACAACAACAACAAGGAAAAGUUUAUCAACGAGUUAUGAAUGAAAUGGGUAUUCAUAAUUAAUUUAUAAUAAUAAAACGUGUAUAUUUUGUUUAUAUUAUAUUUAAAAUAAAAAAAAAAGGGAAGGGGGAGAAUGAGAAAAC